AUGGCAAGCGAAAUUGAUGCAACGGAACACAGAAAUCCUAUACAAGAAAGUUUUCUUCGUUUCCUCUCACGCUUUCCACUCCGUAUUAAUAAGUCUAUAUAUAAAAAUCCGGACCUUGAUGAACCGAUACUAUAUAUUUGGGGACCAGGGUGGGGAGGAGGUCGACAAAAGGCUUCUUUCGACCAAGAAUGUUUACUUUGGCAGACGUAUUUACUAUUUAAUGACAUUAAAUUUGAAGUAAAAAAUGUGAACGAACCUCUCAUAUCACCGUCAGGCAAGCUUCCCCUUCUGUAUACGCCAACUGGAGACAUUUUUGCCUCUGAUAAAAUCCUCGAAUUUAUUAAACAAAAAAAAGAUGAGGAAACCGACGCGGAAACGUCUACAUCAGAACAUCAAGAAGAGGCAGCUUUCAUCUCCCUAGCGAACACGAAAUUGCGUAAUGCUUUGCUCUUUUACUUGUGGUGUGAGCCUUCCAUUUACGAACAAGUGACAUUUCAUAAAUACGGUGGUCAUUACCCGAAACCACUUGACACUAUUCUCAUGUACAAAGCAAAAAAAGCUGUAAUCGGUGAUUUGUUGGCUAGGAAACCUAUAUUGAAUACUAAUGAGAUAUAUGAAGAAGCGGCGGAUGCAUUAAAAGCAUUUUCUGACAUGUUAAAAGACAAUAAAUACUUUUUCGGAUCUAGAGCUGCACGAACUCGUCAACAAGUAUCAGAAUUUGGUGAACUAUACAAGAAAUAUAUUUAG